AAUUAGAUUGUGGUUGCAGUCACUAAUUUCCUCUAAUCAAGAACCACCUUUACUCACUUUAUUUACACUUUUUUUUUACCAAUUCAAAAUUUGCACAUAAAUAACAUUUUCUCUUUGAAAAAUCACACAUUCUUUUGUUUUCCUCUUUUGUUUCUACUCUCAACCAAUAAUACUCAAAACACUAUCUUGUUUCUUUUUAAAGAAAAAACAACUUUAAAUCUUCUUGAAACUUGAAUAAAUAUUCAUACAUGUUCUUUCUAUUUCCUUUGCCAAAAUAACUUCAUAUUUUCAACCAAAAGCCUUUACCUUAGAAUUUUUUCCUUGCUUUCAUCAUAUCAUGUUCUUGAAUCUUGAAAAUCAAGUUUGAAUUUUGAUUCUUUGUUUGUAACUAUGUGCUCAGAAACAAGUACUCCGCCGCGUCUCUCUUUCUCUCAUAAUCUAUCUGAGUUUCAACUUCAAAAAGAUGUUACUUGCAUAGAAACAUUAUUGUUAGACUCAAAUUCUGAUUUUGAGUUCAACACAAGUAACAUUCUUGAGUUUGAAUCAUCUUCAGCUGAUGAACUUUUCUCUAAUGGUAAGAUCCUUCCAAAACACACCCCUUUUGUGAAAUCUAAUCAUACAAAAUUUCCUCCGCGUCCAUCGGCUUCAAAUGUUGACAAAAUGAAGAAAGAAAGUAAUCCAAGGUGGAUCUUGGCUCAGUCCGGAACAGAAACCGUUCGAGAGCUUUUAAAUGUGAGUACUAAUAAUGAGAAAAAACAUCAUUCCAAGUCUUUUUGGGGAUUUAGUAGAAGCAAAAGUCUCAAUUGUGAUACAAAGAAGAAUUUGAGUUUUUCUUUACCUCCUUUGUAUAGAAGUAACUCAACUGGUUCGGCGAAAAAAAUGAGUUCAAACAAGCAAACAUCAUCAGCAACAACAAAAUCAUCAUCAUGGUCUAACAUAAAUUUGUAUCCUAUGCAAAAAUCUAAUUCAGGUAAGAGUUAUGGAGGAUCUUAUGGAAAUGGUCAUUGGAUUAGUCCUGUUCUAAAUGUACCAACUCCUUGUGUUUCAAAGGGAAGUGCAAAUUUCUUUAGGUUUGGUUCGUUUUUAAGUAUUGGAAAGGUUAAGAAGAAUAAGAAGUGAUUUUGUUCAUAUGUAUCACAAUCAUAUCAUAACAUAUUAUAAUGUAAUAGUUUCAUCUUUCUUGUUAUCAUAUUUAUUUUUUUGUUCUGAACAAUGAAGUUAAUUAGAUUGGUUUGUUUUGAUUA